AUGCACAUAGACUCUAGUUAUCCAUUACGCCUUGCCGCCCGCAGGGCUGUUGCAGACAAGAGACCCGAGGUACUUGCCUGCCUCCACGGCGCCGAACCAGUCGUUCACGAGCUCUACACCUACCUUGUCCGCGAGUGGCUGCCGCAGAGAUAUCCCACGAUAUUCAAACGGUCGCUUGAUCGACAGGUGUUGGAAAACGAGGUUACGGGAGAGUAUCUCCCAAUGACCCCGCCAUUGGACGGAAGGCAAGCACUUGAGCUACUAAACCGGAACGUCGAUGACGAUGUCUUGCUCAUGUGCCCGCGGAGCAGAGAGGAGGGAGGUGGAUUUGCAUUGAAUGCGUUGAUGUGGGCAUUCCCAAACCACAGUGAUCCGAAGAAGCGUCUUGGGGGCUCAUUGCGAGAUUUACAUCAGCGUGUGCCCCGAUAUCUAGAGAAGCUUGAAUUGAGCAUGGAUCGGUUCUUCAGUAGACUAGAGGUUGGGAAAGUUGUCUGUCGAUCGAACUGGGGUGUCUCUAUCAAAGCUUCACAGGAUGAGAGUCAACUUACGGACGAGGACUAUGCAAAGCCGGUUGCCGGGCAGCUAAAUUUCGACAAGAUCUAUGUUCGUUGUGAACUGCAAACGCUAUUCCGUCUUCCUGUUACGGACGCACGUAUCUUCACGAUCCAUGAAUACGUCUAUCCACUGCAACAGAUCAAGGACGAAGGCCUUGGCCCUGCUAUGAUAGAGGCCAUUGCGGGCUUGAAGAAGGGAAAUGUGCCUGAGAUAUGGGAUUACAGAGGGUGA